GUCGGAAGCUAGCAUUGAUUCUCGGACGGUUUAUUUUCGAACAAAAUUUUGCAUCUUGAACGAGUCUGACAAUGGCUGCUCGGGCCUUUUCAAGAUCAAAAGCUCCAAUUUUCACUUCAAUACUCCUUCAGAACCUCACAAAGAAGCUCACUACAGAGACCCCAUUCCGUCCAAAACCCAAAACCCUACUUCUAGACUUGACUUUCUGCAAACCCAUUUCAGGGUUUAGGCAAUACCAUGAUGGGAGGCCAAGGGGACCGCUUUGGAGAGGAAAGAAGCUGAUAGGCAAAGAGGCGCUUUUUGUGAUACUGGCUUUAAAGAGGUUUAAGGACGAUGAAGAAAAACUUCAAAAGAUUAUCAAGUCGCAUGUUUUAAGGCUACUGAAGAUGGAUAUGAUCGCCGUUCUAAGUGAGCUUGAGCGUCAAGAAGAGACUUUUCUAGCUGUAAAGGUUUUUGAGGUGAUUCAAAAGCAAGACUGGUAUAAGCCUGAUGUCUAUUUGUACAAAGACUUAAUUUUGGCAUUAGCAAAAUCUAGAAAAAUGGAUGAAGCAAUGAAGUUGUGGGAAAGUAUGAAGAAGGAAAAUUUGUUUCCUGAUUCUCAAACUUACACUGAGGUCAUUAGGGGCUUCUUGAGAGAUGGAUCUCCUGCUGAUGCAAUGAACAUAUAUGAGGAUAUGAUAAAGUCUCCAGAUCCACCAGAGGAGUUGCCAUUCAGGAUUUUGUUAAAGGGGCUUCUACCACAUCCGCUCUUAAGGAACAAAGUUAAGAAAGAUUUUGAGCAGAUCUUUCCUGAAAAACAUGCUUAUGACCCCCCAGAAGAGAUUUUUGGCAGAUUUUGAGGGCUAAAAGAGAUUAAUCACUUUACUGAGAAGCAUGUAUCACAUCUCAAUUACAUAAGAGGUCAUGGAGACUGGCAUAGGGAUACGGCAUUAUUUGCAAAGAGAGGAAGCAUGGGGUUAGCUGUAUUCCAUGUGAGAAGAUAGAAUGUUGCCCACAAUUUUCCAUUGUAAUGAUUAAUACUUAAUUUUUUUCUUUUAUACCUAGAGACUAAGGAUUAAAUCGUAAACGUGUGACUAAAAACAAAAGUAACCAUACCACCAGACAUGAUUAAUACUUCUUUUGUGCUUAUGGUUAUGCAUUUCAAUGAUU